UAUCUCUCAUGGCUUCUUCCUCUUCCCCUCGUACUUGGAGAUACCGUGUCUUCACGAGCUUCCACGGAUUAGAUGUCCGUACAAGCUUUCUUAGUCAUUUUCGCAAACAGUUUAACAACAACGGGAUUACGAUGUUCGAUGAUCAAAAAAUCGUAAGAGGCGAAACCAUUAGCCCUGCGCUCACGCAAGCGAUUAGCGAAUCUAGAAUCUCCAUCGUGGUGCUCUCGAAAAACUAUGCUUCUUCUAGUUGGUGUUUGGAUGAGUUGUUGGAGAUUUUGAAGUGCAAGGAAGAUAUUGGACAAAUAGUAAUGACUGUCUUCUACGGAGUAGAUCCAUCUGAUGUGCGAAAACAAACUGGAGAUUUCGGGAACGCUUUCAAUGAAACUUGUGCUCGUAAAACAGAGGAGGACAGGAGAAAAUGGAGCCAAGCUUUGAGCUACGUAGGCAACAUAGCCGGAGAACACUCCUUAAACUGGGAUAAUGAAGCCCAAAUGAUCGAGAAAAUUGCAAGAGAUGUUUCAGACAAACUGAAUGUUACACCAUCUAGGGAUUUUGAUGGCAUGGUGGGGAUGGAGGCUCAUUUGAGGAAAAUUCAGUCUUUGCUAGAUUUAGAUAAUGAUGGGGUAAAGAUGGUUGCAAUCGCUGGUCCUGCAGGCAUAGGUAAAAGUACUCUUGCCAGAGCUCUACAUAGUCUACUCGGUGAUAGGUUUCAGCUUAAUUGUUUUGUGGACAACCUGAGGGGAAGUCAUCCCAUUGGUCUUGAUGAGUAUGGUUUGAAGUUGCGCUUACAAGAACAACUUCUUUCAAAGAUUUUUAACCAAGAUGGUACUAAAAUCUACCAUUUAGGUGCGAUAAAAGAGAGGCUAUGCGACGUCAAAGUGCUUAUCAUUCUUGAUGAUGUGAAUAAUGUCAAGCAAUUAGAGGCUUUGGCUAAUGAAAGCACUUGGUUUGGUCCUGGAAGUAGGAUUAUUGUGACAACCGAAAACAAAGAGCUUUUGAAGCGACAUGGUAUCAACAAUACGUACGAUGUGAAGUUUCCUUCUGAUGCAGAGGCUAUCGAGAUCUUAUGUAGAUAUGCAUUUAGAUCAUAUCAAGAAAGAUAUGCUUUUCUUGAAAACUACCCAAAUAAUGGCUUUGGAAGGCUGUUAAGGGUAACAGAGCUUUGUGGUAAGCUCCCGUUGGGUCUACGUGUGGUGGGUUCAUCUUUACAAGGGAAGAAUGAGGAAGAAUGGGAAUUUGUAAUGCGGAGGCUAGAAACUAUCAUUGAUCGAGAUAUCGAGGAAGUACUAAGAGUCGGUUAUGAGAGCUUACAUGAGAAUGAGCAAUCUCUAUUUCUUCACAUUGCAAUCUUCUUCAACAAUGAAGAUGGUGAUCUUGUGAAAGCCAUGCUCGCUGACAAUGACUUAGAUAUCCAACACGAGUUGAACAUCCUAGUAAACAAAUCUCUCAUAUAUAUAGCUACGGAUGGGAGAAUAAGAAUGCAUAAGUUACUACAACAAGUGGGCAGACAAGCCAAUCAGAGACAAGAGCCUUGGAAACGUCGGAUCUUAAUUGAUGCUCAAGAGAUCUGUCAUGUUCUUGAAAAUGAUACGGGUACUGGAGCUGUGUCUGGCAUAUCAUUUGAUACAACAGGAAUUAACGAAGUGAGUAUAAGCAAUAGAGCUCUAAGAAGAAUGUGUAAUCUUCGAUUUCUAAGUGUGUACAAAACAAGACAUUAUGGGUACUAUAAUAAUAGAAUGGAUAUACCAGAGGACAUGGAGUUUCCACCUCGCCUAAGGUUACUGCAUUGGGAUGCAUACCCAAGUAAGUGUCUUCCUCUUAAAUUCCGCGCGGAAAAUCUAGUCGAACUCGAUAUGCAGAGUAGCCGGCUCGAGUACCUCUGGCAAGGAACUCAGCUGCUGACAAAACUGAAGAAGUUAGAUUUGAAAGGUUCAUAUAUGUUGAAGGAACUCCCAGAUCUUUCAUAUGCAACAAAUUUGGAGAUGUUGGAUCUAAGUGACUGCCUUAGUUUGACGGAGCUUCCAUCUUCUAUUAGGAAUCUUCAUAAACUAGAUAUCUUAAAUAUGGAUAUCUGCGAAAGGCUUCAAGUCAUACCAAAUGACAUCAACUUGGCAUCUCUUAGGGGGGUGUACAUGACUGGAUGUCCACAAAUGAAGACUUUUCCAGAUUUCUCUACAAACAUUAAGAGCCUAUGUCUUGUCAGGACAGGGAUAGAAGAAGUGCCUGCAUCAGUUAGGCAUUGCUCUCGACUUUUGGAUAUUGAUUUAAGUGGCAGUCGAGAUCUCAAGAGCAUAACACAUCUACCAUCGAGUCUGGAAACACUAGAUCUAAGCUCUACUGAUAUCGAGGUGAUUGCAGAUUGUAUCAAAGGUUUACAAAAGUUAUACAGCCUUCGUCUAUAUCGCUGCCGGAAACUGAAAUUAUUACCAGAGCUUCCUGCUUCGCUCAUGUUCCUAACUGCAGAGGAUUGUGAAUCACUGGAGAAAGUAACUUACCCUUUAAACACUCCCGUAGUGCAGCUCAAUCUCAGCAACUGCUUCAACCUUGGUACUUACCCUUUAAACACUCUAGAAGCGCGGCUCAAUUUCAGCAACUGCUUCAAACUUAGUGAAGAAGCACAGAGAGUAAUUAUCCAACGGUCUCUUGCCAAGCACGCGUUGUUCCCUGGAAGCGUAGUGCCUAGUGAGUUCAAUCACAGAGCCAGAGGUAACUCUCUGAACAUUUGUCUUACAUCUUCUGUGUCCUCCACGUAUAAGGCUUGCGUGGUGAUUGCGCCUAACCAGCCCCUAUCCGAAAGAAACGAAAGACGAAUUGAACUACGGUGCAAUGUCACAUGCAAAAGGGGAUGGUAUAUUGGAAGUGAAGUAGUUUCCUUAGAGCACCCUAAUCAUUCCGCCGGAAUCCGAACGAAGCAUCUGUGUGUAUUUAAUGGUGUCUUGCAUGAAGUUAGAAGAGACGCAUUGUUUGUAUUCCAAAUCAGCGCCUACAAUCCUUUGGACAACUACAAGAUUACUGAAUGUGGUGUACAAAUCUUGACAAGCGAACGGAAGAGAAUCAGCGACAGUGACAGUGAAGAUUACGACAACUCGGACCACGAGGUUGGUCUGAACGACGUGUUGGAAGGUUCUGAAGAUGGACUAGUCAGCUGCGACUCGGAAUCAGACGACGCGUCCUGAUGAACUAGGCACUCUCUUGUAAAAUGCUCUGUGCAUCUUAUUUGAGGUUAGGGAUAGAGUAUUAUAUAUGGGCUUGGGCCUAUCGAUAAACCUGGUCCAGAA